AUGCAGCUAGGCUACGCACCAGAGCUCAAAAUCCUCGGCGCAGCAGUAGGAGGCAUUAUUAGCAACAUCAACUCAACCAUCCACAUCAUCAACAAAACACCUCACGCGGGUUUCGGCCCAGCAGGUCUCCUCGGUCUGCACAAGGCUUACGAGACCAAGGAAUUCAACAAACUCCUGCACCAAGAGACAUUCCCCGAGAAGCGAACCUAG